AUGGCUAGCUCCAGGGAGAAGAUUGUUAUCGUAGGCGCUGGUAUUAUUGGCCUGAAUGUCGCCUUGGUUCUGGCUGGACGUGGUUUCGGCAGUCAAAUAACUGUCGUUGCGGAACACCAUCCGGGUGACACUGCGCCCUCAUAUACUUCUCCAUGGGCUGGAUGCAACUUCUCGGCCAUUUCUGGUCGGGAUCAAAAUGCGCUGCGGUGGGAUAAGAAAGGAUAUGCUCACUUGUCUAGUCUUGCAGCCACAGAUUCCUCAAAGACCUUUGUUCGUGAGACUGAAUCCAUUGAAUAUUGGGACGACGAUGUUCCAGAGGAGAAAAUUCAGAAUAUGGCUGAGUAUCUCAAGAAUUUUCGAGUUCUGUCCCCCAGCGAACUACCCGAGGGGGUCAAGUUUGGUGUGGCGUUCACUACGUUAACUUUGAACGCUCCAAACCAUCUCAAGUAUCUUUACGAGAGACUACAGGAUGAUUAUGGAGUUCGAUUCGUCAGAAAAGUUGUUUCAGACAUCAGAGACCCGUUUUCAAAUCCCAACACCAAGAUCGUGUUCAAUUGCGUUGGUAACCAGGCAAAGACUCUAGUCGGAGUAGAAGAUUCCCAGUGUUAUCCAACAAGAGGCCAAGUGCUACUUGCACGCGCGCCUCAUGUGCACACAAAUGUCAUGAGACAUGGACGAGACUAUGAGACGUAUAUUAUUCCCCGACCUGAAUCCAACGGAUGUGUCAUCUUGGGAGGCUAUAUGCAAAAAGGGAACAGCGAUAGCUCUACCUACGCGAGCGAAGCCGAUUCGAUAAUCAAACGAACUACAGCUUUAAGCCCAGAGUUGUCCAAACAGAGCUUCGAGACUCUCGCAGCCUUCUCAGGUCUUAGACCUUCACGAGAGGGCGGUGCAAGAAUUGAACGUACUGACAUUGAUGUGGCUGGUCACACUCGCAUUAUUGUGCAUAACUAUGGUGCCGGUGGUACAGGAUUCCAAGCAGGCUAUGGCAUGGCUACUGAGUCUGUGGACACAAUUAAUGGCAUACUUGAGCAGUGGAGCAGCAAGUUUUCGGAAAGGCUGUGA